AUGCCAAAUUCCGAGCCUAACAUUGUGCAGCACUUUGGCAACGCAGAGGUUGCUAAUGAUGGAUUUCUUUUCCAAGGGGUCGUCACAGGAGACAUUCAUAUUGAUAAAGGUCCGCAUGAAGCCCUUACGCUCCCUCAAGGCGUGUCUGAAGCAGCCUUCAAUGCUGCCAAUAAACAACACUUACCCCUCUGUUUACGAGACACCCGAACCGAAGUUCUGAAUCAAAUUCGCAAAUGGGCCGACGGAGAUGGACAGGAGAGAGUAUACUGGCUAAAGGGUAUGGCGGGKACUGGAAAGUCGACAAUCUCUUUAACGAUAGCCAGGGAAUACUAUGAAAAUAGUCGCCUUGCGGCAAGCUUCUUCUUUUCGAGGGGUGGAGGAGACCUGGCAUUAGCCAAGAGAUUCCCAGCAACGAUUGCAUGCCAGCUUGCUGAAAUUUCGAAUGAGCUUCGAAGAUACAUUGGCAAGGCGAUGCAGGCUAAUCCACGUAUUGAGUCUCUGUCUAUCUACGACCAGUGGAAAAAGCUGGUUUUGCAGCCACUCUCAUUGGAGGAUAAUAUCAAUGCGUCUCGGCCACCAUUGCUAAUUGUCAUUGAUGCAUUAGACGAGUGCGAGAGCGAAGAUGAUAUAUCUCAGCUAAUUCAAUGCUUGAACGAAAUAACGCGACUCAAACAUUUCCAAUUUCGGGUAUUCAUAACUAGUCGACCCGAGCAACCCAUUAAUCUGGGAUUUGGCAGGAUUGAGUCACUGUUCCGUCGAGACUUCAUCCUUCACGACAUUGAAAAGUCAUUAGUUGAACAUGAUUUGAGAUUGUAUUAUCAAGACAAGCUUACUCAAAUCGGCAAAAGGUUUUGCAUUGAUCAAAAUCUUCUGUCAGACGAGAAUAUCAAUUACCUAGUCCACAGGUCUCAAGGAUUGUUCAUUCAUGCAGCUACUGCCUGCAGAUUUAUACAGGACGGCGAAGAGCUGGCUGGUGAACGGUUCGCACUGCUCAUUUCGAAGGACGUUCCAUCUGCCAAUUCGGAAGAGGAGUUGGAUCGUAUGUAUACCACUGUUCUUACACAUUCAUUCAAAAUGACGGGAAAACUCGACUCGGAAGAAAUGGCUAGAAGGAAAUUCUUAUUUCAUCGAGUUCUCGGGUCAAUCGUUGUUGUCUACGACGCAAUCUCCAUCUCCCAGCUGGCUGAGAUACUUCAAGAACCAAGAGCAGAAAUUAGCAAAACCCUGCAUCAGCUUCAUUCGAUCAUUGACGUUCCCGAACAGGAAGAUGGGGUCAUACGUCUUCUACACCCAUCCUUCCGCGAUUAUAUAGUCAACUCUAAGCGAUGUUCACAUGAGCUCUACGCUAUAGACAUGCAGAAGGCCAAUAGAGAGCUUCUUCGAUGCUGUCUUCGGAUUCUCCUUACUCAACUGCGUCGCAAUCCGUGUGAUAUCCGGCAGCCCGGAAUGAAAGCGCGUCAUAUAUCUAAAAUUGACAUCGACAAGAAUAUACGGUUUUCCUUGCAGUACGCAUCUCAAUUUUGGAUCGGCCACCUUCAACGAAGCCAUACCGAAUCUGGAGAUGAUGCUAGCAUUGAAAAAUUCUUCCAAACCAAAUACCUUUUCUGGCUCGAAACUCUUGCCCUUAUUGGCUGUUUCUCGUAUGGUGUGGCCAUGAUGGUGGAUCUAGAGAGAUUGUUGGAGGGGGACCUAAACGGGCAUCCGUCAUCGGUGUCCGAACUGAAAAAGUGUUUCCGUAUGGAAGCCGAAGCAAAGCGCAGAAUAGGACCCAUAGUACACGAUGCGAAACGGUUUGUUCUCAGUCAUGGUUCUAUGAUAGAGGAGGCACCUCUGCAGGUAUACUCAUCGGCCAUUAUUUUCAGUCCGGAGAACACUGCCUGUGAUGCCGAAAAGCUGGAGUCCAUACAUACAGACUUUGAGCCAUCCGACCACUGUGGAGGCCUUGGCAGCUUCUCCUUGCGGAAGGCUAUUAUCCACAAACGCUAUGCCUUUUCCAUCUAUGCCUUUCCCGAGUAUCUCGACUCUCAGGUUGAAGAUCUAGCCUUUUCCCCUGAUGGUAGACAACUUGUAGCCAUUUUCCACAGCAUGAAUGAUGAGCAAUGGAAUCUACACUUUUGGAAUGCAAUAACAGGUUGUGAGGAGCAGUUGCUGAAGGUCCGUGAAUCCGAAUCAAGCUGCAUUGCGUUUUCUGCCGACAGCAGGUUUUUCGCCAUCGGCACUUUCAGGGGAAUCAUUUCGAUACUAGACUCGACAACACGAACUCAGCAUCUUGAAUUCCAAUUUGAUGCUGAACAUGUUUUGCAGAUAACUUUCUCCCCGAACGGCCAUUAUCUAGCGUCAAAUUCUGCGACUCCACGUCCUAUUGGGAGCACCUCUAGUACAAUCAUCAAAGUCUGGGAAAUAGCAACCGGCAAAGAGUCAUGUGUCCUGCAAAAUGACCAAAACGGCCCACUGGCAUUCUCUGCUAACAGCAAAUUGUUGGCUUACAAAACAUCUACACACAUACCCUCUUUUCCCAAUGGCGAGCUAAGAGCCACUGGGUACUCUGAUGCAGGCAGACCGUGUAUAUGGAAACCUGACACAGGAUCCCGGGUGUUGAAGUUUCAAUCGGGCUACGUGGGACCUAUGGCAUCCUUCCCUGAUGGGAGAUUGGUAAUCGUUAGUAAUAAGGGUAGAUCGGUCAACAUUUGGGAUGCAGGGGACGCAGCAGCAAGCACGGAGUCAAUCUCACUGGAUCUGGCACGCAGCAGAUUACGGGAUUUGAAAAACUCUGCAUUCGACGCUGUUUCGCGAGUAUUAGAUCCGCGGGUUGCAAGUCGAUUGUCAAAUUUCUUUGCAUAUCCUCCUCCAACUGGUAUUUUAGCCCUUGCUCAGGGUGCGAAAAUUCUGGCCGCUGAAUAUGGCGACAAAUCGGUCCGGUUGUUUGAUCUUAGGACUGGUAAAAAGGUUUCUAUUAUCAAUGGUUAUUUAGACUCGGCACACUAUCUUAGCUUUUCUACCGACGGUAAACUGCUGAUUUAUUUGGCGGACGAUAAAUUUAUUCGACUUUGGGACAUAGAGAAGGGAGCAGACCGACAUAUUCUGAAGACGAAACCUAGGACCGUGCGCGCACUUCAACUUUCGCCUGAUGGGAAGGUCUUCGCCAUUCGGUUUGAUAAGAAAUUGAUAGAAAUAUGGGACGUCACUACAUGGAAACAACGUUGUACCUUGAAGAUACAAGAAGCGGGUCGCCAGGAGACAUUUAUAAGAGCCUUUUCACCUGAUGGUAGCCUGCUACUGACUUGGAGUCGGUUUUACAUCAAAUUUUGGAAUACAUCAAACGGGACUUGUCAGAUGAGUUGGGACGGCUUACGUGGUGAAUACAUGUUACCAGCGGCUACAUUCUCUCCGAAUGGCCGUAAGGUAGCAUUCGCACUUCAAGACAGUCAGACUAUUCAGCUAUUCAAUGUGAUGACUCAAGAGUUGCAAAAAAUAUCUGUGGAGCUGGACCAGGCUAUAGGCUACUGGACCAUGAUCUCAUUCUCACCAGAGGGCAAAUUCUUUGCUUACAGCACAGAAUCGAAAAUUCACCUCUGCGAUGCUGAAACGGGCAUGAAACUUUACAGUAUACUGCUACGUACAGAAAUUUCUGGGCUGGCAUUUUCGCCUUGCGAUAGAGGUAUUUUAUUUGUUACUGACCGUGGCCGUUAUUGCUUUAAUCCCCUACCGAGUCCCCAGAAGCCGCGUUCGACGGACGUCUUUGCUUCCGAAUCCUGGAUUCAGUUCAACGGCGAAGACGUGCUUUGUAUCCAUCCAGACUAUCGUGACUGGGUGGCAUUCGUUGUAAAUCGCACUGUUGUAUUCAAUGGCGGAAGAUUUGAAGGAGACUUGGAGGGUGAGAUGCUUCUGGAGCUUGCGCGUGAUAAUCCUUGGAUGUGA